GUAGAGCAGGGGUGUCCAGCUGGGGCCUUGCAGAUGUUCAUGGACUACGACUCCCAUCAGCCUCUGCCAGAUGUCUUUCCUCCAGCUUCCAUCUCUGCCUUUGUCUACCUCUGUCCAGGGCAGAAAGUGCUGGAAUUGGGGUGUUCAACUCUGGCUCUCCAGAUGUUCAUCGACUAUGAUUCCCAUCAGCCCCUUCCAGCUGUAGAAAUUGAGACACAGAGACUACUGAGAGGGGGGAUGAUUCCACUGUCUAGAAGAAGAUCCAUCAUGUGGUGGAGCUGUUCAUAAUGAUUGGCAAUUCUGACCCUGGUGAAAGUCAAAAAGGCUCUUAUAUUCCAAUAAUUGGCUUCCUAGAAAAGCAGAAGUCUUGAUUCUUCUUUUCCCAUCACUGCUAAGGAGGCAGCUCCUAUGUUGCUGCUGGUAGAAAUAUUCAGUUUAUUGUUGGUUCUUUCUGUAGAGCAAUGGGGCGAUCCAACUGUCUGAAUUCUUGCGUCCCAGUGCAAAGGGUGCAACCGGUAGAAAGCGGGGCCUGAGGGUACAGCCCCAAGUAUCAGCAGCUCAAGAAGGAACUCGAAAAAGAGUUUCCGGGCAAGCUGGAAAUGAGUGGUGAAGGGACUCCCGAGGUCACGGGAUGGUUUGAAGUGACCAUUGCAGGGAAGCUGGUGCACUCCAAGAAGAACGGAGAUGGCUUCGUGGACAACCCAACCAAGUUACAGAAGAUAAUUACGGCCAUUAAGGCAGCUUUGGCAUAAAGAUUGCUGGGAGAACACGCCAGCAGAUCACUGGAUAGCAGAGUUCAAAGAAGAAUCCGCUUUGUUCAUUCUAGCCGACGCUUAAUGAUGGGAGCUGCUGAAAUGUCACCUGACGUAUGGCUGAUCUCUGAAAAAUCCUGCGUGGGAUGCUAGUUUGACCAGAAUUGGACAGGCAUUUAAACUCUGAACACGAUGUGCUUUAACACCUCUGUGCACAGCUGUGCUGGGUACUGAAACUACACCUCUGGAGUUGUAUGUUCCAGGGAUCUGCAACCUGCGGCUCUCCAGAUGUUCAUGGGCUACAAUUCCCAUCAGCCCCUGCCAGCAUGGCCAAUUGGCCAUGCUGGCAGAAACUGAUGGGAAGUGUAAUCCAUGGUAUCUGAGAGCCGCUAGGUAAUAACACCAUUGAUUUUGGGCAUACUGCAAAAUAGAUAUUGGCUUUCUGCUUAAAGUUUGGCGCUUUUAGCGUGCCUAAUAAUGGUAACUAGCUGUCAGGCUGGAGGAGAGUGGGGAAAAGAAGGUUGCAGAGCUAUUUGUGAUUUUUGAAUGUCUUCAACUUUCUGUGAGGUGUGUAAAAAUAAACUUUAAAAUUUA